AUGUUUCCAAGCGUGAGCUCCCCCGACAAUGCGAGCUAUUACAGCGACACAAGCGAUGAGCGGCCUAGUCCACAACCCGCGCGCACCAAAAUCCACGCGACAUUCCAGAUCGCGCGCCCGCCCCCGAAAUCCUACCAGCGCCUGCUGAGGACGCCAAAACUGCUGCUUCAAAUCCAACAGCUGGCCCCAAACCACCGUCCCGUGCCCGUGCUAGAGAUCUACGAGGCACAUUAUCGCAAAUCGAAACUAACCCGCGACUUUGCCCAGCGGCCGAAACUAGCCAAGGGGGAUAUCUAUGCUUCACUCGGGGAACCCUACGUCACUUCUCACACGAGGAAGCAGUCAACAAGCUCAGAUACACCAGAACAUGGCGACCUCCAAGCCCAGGAAAAAGAUAUUAUCGCGGUCAUGUGCGAUGCGACAUCCGCCGUCUAUUUCCGCGAUGCGCGGUGCAGCUGGCCAGCCAGCACCGGGACGGCAGGCGCAGAGCAAAGCGCGCCAUGUUAUCGAUUUGCGAUCACCGAUGAGCAUGGAAACGAACCAGAGCAUUCCAGUUGGAUCAUGCAGUGGGAAAAAAGACCAUCGAGGCAUGGAAGCGCUUCCGCGGACAAAGAUCAGUUCGUGCUUGUUAUUAUCGACCGGAAGACACGCCGUAGGAGUCGUCUAGCGACGAUGGAUCGCGGUGGAGUGGAAAUUAAGAUUCGCAAGGGUGCCAUCUUGGAAAAACUGCAGAAAUCCAUGGAUUUGACGAGCCCCGUUCCGGGCCCGUCCCAGAAUCAUCCUUACGGGACCCUGGAAACCUGGCUGUAUACCCACAUACUCACGCUCGGAGCGUGGGUGGCUUCCCACGAGGGAUGGCUGAGCUGA